AUGAGCCGACGCAUUCACUUGAGAGACGGUAAAGAGUACACCACGGUUUCUGAUGAGGACUUUGAGCGCGCAAGCAUGCACAAAUGGCGCCUAUAUUCUGACAAGUAUGUUCGAGGAAAAGUCAACGGGCGCAUCACGACGCUGCAUCACUUCGUGUUGGGCAAGCCGGAGAAAGGCUUCGUAGUGGACCACAAGGACGGCAACAAGUCAAACAAUGAACGAUCCAAUCUGCGAUUUGCAACAUACUCGCUAAACUGUCAGAAUGCAGACAAGCGGCGAGGAAACGAAUUCUUUGGUGUCUAUAAACACGAGAGCGGAAAGUAUGAGGCUCGACACGCUGGAGCUUACUUGGGAGUCUACACCACUGCUCAGGAGGCGGCGGAAGCGUAUGAUGCUUGUGUGUUUCGGAAGUACGGAGAGGAUGCCAAGACUAAUGGUACGCUGACUUAUGCCGCCGCGAUGGAGAGAGCCCUUCCUUCGCGUCAAGAGAGAUCCCUUCCAGCUAAUAUAUAUUCCCAUCAUGGCCUCUACCUGGUUCGUAUUAAAUACAAAGGGAAGAAGUACGAAUCCCCCAUCUUGCCUACGUUAGACGAUGCAGUGGAAAAGCUGGCACUCUACAAAAGGGAGAUUGAAGAGGAGAAGAGAGCUGAAGACGAAAUCCGCCGAGGAACGCCAAUCAGACGAGACUCUAAUGGGAGUGCCAUCAUCACGACAUUCGAUAAGAAACAAAUACAUGUCGACGACGACAAGUACUACAACCUGACCAAGUAUUCAUGGAGUGUAGACAAUCACGGAUAUGCACAAGCAAGGGUGGAUGGUAAGCUUCCGAAGAGCGAAGGAGGGUCCUUCCCGGAUAACAAGCAAUUGAGGGAUGCGCGGCGAUUGGGCGACGAGGUCAUCGCGAAGCUGCCGCCGCAGUUCACCGUGGGAAAGACGGCAUUACCGCGUCUCCUCACUCGCGUGGACGUGGGUUGUUGCGUGAAUCGGAAGAUGUUCUGCAGCGAGGUAGAGUACGUGCCGAGCCUCUUCAUCAACAGCGUCAAGAAGCUGAAGAUAGACGCCGAGCUCGCCGAACAGGCCGACGUGAAGGACCUACAGACUCAGAUGACUUCGGACCUGACGCAGAACAACUCGAGCACGACGGAUGGCGUCACCAACGCCCUCGGCGAUUUCGUAAACAUACUCGGCGGUGGGAGCACCACCAACAAAAACUACAAGACGGACGUUCAGAACUUCGUCCAGAAGAACUUCACGACGGACGUCUGUAACGAGAUCGUCAGCAACCUGACCAGCAGCAAUAUUCUAAACAUCUCAGCUAUCGGUCUCGCUUACAAUGAGGUGGAUGGGGUCGAGAUGACCAUCGAGUCCAAAGCUAUGGUCUCUGCUCUCACCAGCGACAGCGCCAGUGCAAAGGCUCUAGACGACUUCAAGAACAAGGUCGCUCAGACGAACACCGAACAGGUAAAAGGAGUGGCCGACAUGGUCGAUUCCGUCACGGGUAUGGUGAAGGGUAUCUUCAGCUCGUGGAUGGGCAUAAUUGCAUUCAUCUGCGUCGUGGGACUCGUAGGAUUCUGGAUAUUCACCAAGUUUCUGUCGGACAAUCCAGAAGUGCUGGACGAUGUCAGGGAAGCUGCGAAGAGUAGAGGCGUGACAUAG